AUGCCGCUCUUCUUCAAGGACACGGUUCCCAGGCCGUCUCUCACUUCGUGGAGCAAGGUCUUGUACUUGCAGCAGCCUUUCGAAGACAACUACGUCGACGAUUCCUUUCUCAACUCCCUUGUCUUGAACGCCCAUGUUACCCGCUACGAGCUGCAAGAGCUUUGUUGCAGUACCACGUCAAUAAUCCGGCAAUUAUGCUUGGUCGUGAUCUUCGUGAAUGUUUGGUGGAAGGCCCAGCUGGAGUACGACUUCCGGUGGCUUUUUGCCGUCGGAGGGUUGCUCUUUUCUUGCCACCUCUGGCUUUGCGUCAGCAUUCGACCUUUCACCGGCGUCCUGAAAGCUUGCGCUAUCGUCUUCCCACUUGGA